UAGCAAAUUAGAAAGGCAAAUUGGGAAACGCAAGUGCAUUUCUCUCUCUCUCUCUCUCUCUCUCUGUGGGAUCCCGGAUCCUUUAUGCAGUCUUGGGAGUCCUGAAAUCUGGGGCCUCUUUUUCCUGGUUCUUUUCAGCUCGAUCGCUAUUUUGGGCUGCCACAUUAUAAAGAUUAUACCGUGUACGUUCGUCAAAAAACCGAAAAAAGAACCUAUCGCAACAACAGGAUCAUACAUAUAUCUUGUAAAAAUAUAAAACAAGGAGAUCAAAGGCCAGGAGACGAAAGAAGGUUGAGUUUCUUGUCUUGUUCCUUGUAGAGAAAAAUGGUUGCUCCUUUGUCAGCUUGGCCCUGGGAGAACUUGGGCUGCUUCAAGUAUCUGCUAUAUGGACCUUUUCUUGCGAAAGUUCUGUAUUCAAGAUUUCAUGAUCAGGAAGCCUCCGAAUAUGGUUGGUGCCUCCAUAUUCUGGUCAUAUGUGCACUCAGAGGUUUAAUUCAUCAGCUAUGGAGCUCUUACAGUAACAUGCUUUUCCUAAAGAGAAAUUCCCGGAUUCUUGAAGAUGGGGUUGAUUUCAAGCAGAUUGACAAGGAAUGGGACUGGGAUAAUUUCAUUAUUCUUCAAGCAUUAAUUGCCUCCAUGGCCUUCUACAUGUUUCCAUUCCCUGCGAAUCUUCCCUUGUGGAACACGAAAGGAUUUAUUGCUCUUCUGACACUUCAUAUGGCUGUUUCAGAGCCUCUUUAUUAUUGGAUGCAUAGAUACGUACUCCAUGGGAACUCUAUUUUUACCCAUUACCAUUCACUUCACCAUUCAUCUCCUGUACCCCAGCCCUUCACAGCUGGACAUGCAACAUUUUUGGAGCAUCUUAUGCUAGCAGUGAUCAUUGGAAUUCCGAUUCUGGGGGCUUCUUUAAUGGGAUAUGGAUCGAUGAUCACAAUCUAUUCCUAUGUUUUAAUCUUUGAUUUUCUGAGAUGCUUGGGGCAUUGCAAUAUUGAAGUUGUUCCGUAUCAAAUUUUCAAGACCAUUCCCUUUCUUAGAUAUCUUCUCUACACACCAACAUAUCACAGUUUGCACCACACAGAGAUGGGUACCAAUUUCUGCCUCUUUAUGCCUCUCUUUGAUGCAAUAUGGAAGACACUCAACGGAAAAUCAUGGGAGCUGCACAAGAAAAUAAGCUCAAAUCUAGGAAAAUCAAGAAGGGUACCGGAUUUUGUUUUCCUGGCCCAUGUUGUGGAUGUCUCGGCGGCUUUGCACUCACCAUUCGUUUUCCGAUCUGUUGCAACAUUUCCAUUCUCGACGAGAGUCUUCAUGAUCCCGUUGUGGCCCCUGGCACUGUUAGCGUUGCUCAUGAUGUGGGCUUGGUCUAAAACUUUUGUCUACUCUUUCUACAAACUCAGAGGCCGUUUGCACCAGACCUGGGCUGUGCCCAGGUUUGGCUUUCAGUAUUUCUUACCAUUUGCUAGGGAUGGCAUCAACAAACACAUUGAGCAGGCCAUCCUCAGGGCAGAUAAACUUGGGAUAAAAGUCAUUAGCCUUGCUGCAUUGAAUAAGAAUGAAGCACUCAACGGGGGUGGAACACUGUUUGUAAACAAGCACCCGAAUCUAAACGUUCGAGUUGUCCAUGGAAACACCUUGACCGCCGCAGUUAUUCUCAACGACCUACCUAAGAAUGUUGAGGAAGUAUAUUUAACAGGAGCUACUUCCAAGCUUGGCAGAGCCAUUGCUCUCUACCUUUGCCGAAAGAGAGUGAGAGUCCUCAUGCUGACUCUGUCGGCAGAAAGAUUUCAAAAAAUUCAGAAGGAAGCUCCAGUGGAUUGUCAGAGCUACCUGGUCCAAGUGACAAAGUACCAAGCAGCACGAAACUGCAAGACAUGGAUAGUUGGGAAAUGGAUCACACCAAGAGAACAGAAUUGGGCACCACCUGGAACACACUUCCAUCAAUUCGUGGUUCCCCCCAUCUUUUCCUUCAGAAGAGACUGCACUUACGGUGAUCUUGCUGCCAUGAGACUACCCGAUGAUGUACAAGGGCUUGGAUGUUGCGAGUAUACGAUGGCUAGAGGAGUAGUGCAUGCAUGCCAUGCGGGGGGAGUGGUUCAUCUGCUUGAAGGUUGGACUCACAAUGAAGUCGGGGCGAUUGACGUCGACCGGAUCGACAUUGUUUGGAAUGCAGCAUUAAAACACGGUCUUAGGCCCGUGUCUUCAAGCAAUUAAUUAUUAAGUUUGAUACCUCAUGCACCCUCAAAUAUUUGAAGGAAUUAAAUGGAAGAAGAGGCGAUUGUUGUACCGAAUUAUAGACUUCUCUACUUAUGUUUCUUUGUGGCAUAAUUAUAUUGUAAGCCAACCCAAAUAAGCUUUGUUAUAUAUAAUCAAUUGAGUAAUGUUAUAUAUA